AUGUCGGAACAAAAUCAUUCAGACAACAAAGUUAUCCCCAUUCCUCAAAAUGCGUCGCGAAGUUUGCGAUUUGCCGCUGAAAAUGACCCCAAAAAUGUGGGAACCCGAUCAUUGUCCAGCUCCCCUUCCGACACCAUGAACUGCCCCUCACGACCAAUUCGUAAGGUCAGCUUCUCAGAUGUGGUUGUUACUUCCAGUCGUAUGGAAAAAGAGCCUUCAGUACAACCCACGGUAGCCGAAUCCAGCUUUGAACAUGUAACCCUGGUGACUCGUCGUUCGGAAAGCUCGGUUGACGGAAUGGCACAUCGCAUUCAAGUUCGUCAGGUAGAAUCGCAUGACGAGGAUGUGAUGAAAGAUUGCCCGUUGGUGACCAGUCAGCUGCCCAUCUUCGAAGUCAAAUUAGGUAUGCUUAAACAAGCCACACUAUAUCGAAUGGAAUUUACCGUGCCCGACGCACUGCCUCCGGGUGAAGUUGAAUUGUUGCGAUUUACUAUUGAUGCCCCCGGUUGUUUGAGUGUCCCAGUCAACGUGGGGGCCACGAUAGAUCUACUUUCAUGUGAUGCUUUGGAGUCCGAACCCGGGCAUCGCUUGGUCCUGAAAGUCUCUACGACUCGACAGUCGCGAGUGAACGAGCUGUUCACUAUGCGAUUAGUUGAACGUCCGGAGCAAGCAGUGCAUCUGAUCUUGCAUGGUUUGUCCUUAGGCCGUGGUCAGGGUACACCGUUCCUUCGUGCCGGUAUCCACCGCAUCGCGGAGAAUUCGGACUACGAAGAGUCGGAUGAGUUUACAGAAUGGCCCGGUUUUGUCAAUCAAGACGAUGAGGAUGACGAUGACGAGACCGGCGGCAAGUUAGCCAAAGAUACAUCCAACCCAAAUCAGGGUGACAAACGCGAUACUCCAGUCGAUUCAUAA